AUGAGUACAACCGUUGUUUUAGAUAAUGAAAUUCAAAGCACUUUGAUUAAUGGUAAUUAUUUGGAAAUUCGUCCUCUUGGAGCGGGAAGAGAAGUUGGUAGGUCUUGUUUUAUAUUAAAAUAUAUGGGCCAUAAUAUUAUGUUAGAUUGUGGUGUUCAUCCUGCAAAACCUCAUGGAGAAGCAGCACUUCCUUUAUUUGAACAUGCAGAUAUUGACUCUAUUGAAUUAUUAUGUGUUACACAUUAUCAUGUAGAUCAUUGUGCAUCAUUGCCAUAUCUUAUAUUAGAAAGACAAUUUAAAGGAAAAGUGUUAAUGACCCCUCCAACUAAAGAAAUUUUUGGGGAGCUCUUUAAAGAAUUUCAUCAAAUGUCAUCAACAAUACAACCACCAAAAUCUGUUAAUCCAAAGGAAGUAAUGGAUAGAAUAGAUACAAUUAAAUUUCAUGAAUUACAAGAAUACAAUGGAAUGAAAAUAUGGUGUUUUAAUGCUGGUCAUAUUCUUGGAGCUGCAAUGUUUUGUAUUGAAAUUAAUGGAGUAAAAAUAUUAUAUACUGGAGACUUUUCUGGAGAAACAGAUAGGCAUUUACAAGCUGCAGAAGUACCACCAUUUCAAAUAGAUGUUAUGAUGUGUGAAAGUACGUAUGGAAUUAUUGAACAAGAAUCACGAAUAGAUCGUGAAAAUGCAUUUAUUCGUCAAAUUAUCGAAAUAUUAAAACGAGGAGGAAAAUGUUUAAUUCCUGUAUUUUCAUUAGGAAGAGCUCAAGAAUUUGAACUUAUAUUAGAAGAGUAUUGGCAAAAUCAUAAAGAUCUUUGGUCAGUUUCGAUUUUUUUCUUUUCAUCAAUUGCAAAAAAAUGUACAACGUAUUUUGAAAAGUUUACAUCAUUUAUGAAUCAAGAAUUAAGAAAGAAAACUAAACAAGCAUUUGAUUUUAAAUUUAUUAGAGAAGGUAGUUCUAGUGUUGAUGAUGGAGCUAUUGAUUAUAAACCAUGUGUAGUAAUGGCAUCUCCAGGAAUGUUACAAGAUGGUAUAUCUAGAAAGAUAUUUGAAAGAUGGUGUACUGAUAAAAAGAAUGGAGUUAUUAUUCCUGGAUAUUGUGUUGAAGGAACUUUAGCAAAAGACUUAAUUUUGGAUAGUACAAAACCAUUUAUUAAUUCAGAAGGAGAUCAAGUUGUUCCAAAAUGUUCAGUAACUGAAAUAAGUUUUUGUGCUCAUAGUGACUUUGCUCAUACUCGUAAGUUUAUUGGUAAUGUUAAACCAAAACAUCUUGUUCUUAUUCAUGGUGAAGGUAAAUCAAUGGAACAAUUACAUAAUGCAUUAAAAAAAGAAUAUCCUGAACUUAAUAUUUAUAUGCCUUGUAAUACUCAACCAAUUAAAAUUCCUAUUCAACCAAAACAUGAAGUUAGAUUAUUAGGUGAAAUUGCAUCAAAUAUUUUAAAAAUGGAAGAAGAAAAGAAAGAGAAAGAAAUUAUUUUUAAUGCAGUUUAUUUACAAAAUACAAAAGAUGUUGACACUGUUGUUGUAAAAGCAAAAGAUGUUGAAAGGUUUUCUUCUUUCCACUCAAAUGAAAUUUAUCAACACUUAUAUUUUCCUUGUUUAAUACCACUUAAAGAAACAAUAGAUAUUCUUAAAGGAUUUUAUCCUGAAACUAUAUUUAAUGAAGAAAACAAUACUGCCCAAAUUAAAGGAAUUCAAAUUAAAUAUGAAAAUAAUGAUCUUUGUAUAUCUUGGCAAAAUGAUAUUAUUACUGAUAUCUUAAUUGAUCACAUCAUUGUUCUAUUACUCGAAAUGGGUAUUAGUGAAAAAAAAGACCGUCCAAGAAAAAUUCCUCAACUUGAAGAUGUUAGUCUUGAUUUAGUACUUGAUCUCUUAUCAAAUAAAUUUGAAUCUGCUAUGGUUUUAAAAAAUAAAGAUGACGUCCAAAAAGCAUAUGACAAUAUUAAUCAAAUAAACAAAGAUUUAAUUUCAAAAAAUGAAGUUAAUGAUGAACAACAGAAAGAUGAAAUUAAAAGUGAAGCUAAAGAUGAACAACAAAAAGAUGAAACCAAACAAGAGAGUCUUAAGGAAGUUGUUGAAAAAAAAAUAGAAGAAGAAUUUUGUAUUAAGGAAAAUGUACCUUAUAUUUUAGUCCAUGAAAACUCAAAUUAUGUUUUAGUAGAAUGGCCAUCACUUACUCCUUUUGGAUUCGACAAAGACUUAUUAAAAAGGUUGAAUAGUGUUUUACCAAAAAUUUUGUUAACAAUGAAAAACACAUUUUAA